AAAAAAAAACAGUUCCUCUCGUAUUAUCUCGUCAGGCGGACGGUUCUUGAAUAAAUAAAGUUAUUUCCUUUCUACUAAGGAAGUUACAUUGCUAUUAUGUAGGAUUCACUUCUUGUAAAGUUGGCAUCUAACAUAAAUAUCGUCAGAAUGUCUACGGUUCUUUUAGCUGUUGUUGCAGUAAUUUUGUGUGUGCUUUUCCGAUUGCUGAAUGUGAACAGUCAACCGCAGAAACCUGUGAUUUAUGGAAAAGAUAGGAGUUUCAUUGAGAAUAUAUUAUUCAUCUCACCUUUUUUGAACGAACCGUACAUUCCAACUCGAUUAUGGGGCUUCAGUGGCCAUGUCCAGACCAUCCUCCACAGCCUUAUAGGGCGGGUUCGCUGCCCAUGGCCUAUUGGUGGAAGGGUUUCACUAGUCCUGCCUGACAAGUCAACUCUAACAUAUGAUCUCUAUGAGCCAGUUGGAUCGGAACAUGAAGAUGACGUCACGGUUGCAAUCUGUCCCGGCAUCGGCAACACAUCGGAGCGUUGUAGCGUUNUACCUUGCAGCGUGUACAUACGCACAUACGUCCACUACUCCCAGUGUCACGGCUACAGGUGCGCCGUACUGAACCACAUCGGUGCAUUGAACAGCGUGCCGGUUACCGGCAGUAGAAUAUUCUCGUAUGGGCACACCGACGAUUUCAACUACAUGAUAGAAAACUUGUUAGAACGAUAUCCUAACACGAAGAUAAUUCUAGUCGGAUUCAGUCUUGGCGGCAAUUUGAUUACGAAAUACCUAGGCGAAGACAGGAAGAGACCUAGCAACAUAAUAGGGGGCAUUUCCAUAUGUCAGGGAUACAACGCUCUUGACACUAUGGUGUAUUUAUUGCAAUGGCAAAAUUUCCGCCGUUUCUAUCUGUACAUAAUGACAGACAACUACCGGAAUAUUAUCACCAGACAUAAAAGGAUGCUGCUCAAUCAAGAAAUUAAAAACAGAUAUACUCUGGAUGAAAAAAUGAUAGUAUCGGCCGGUACUCUGCCGGACCUGGAUGAGGCUUAUUCAAGGAGAGUACAUGGAUUCGACUCCGUCGCGGAACUCUACAAGUGGAGUUCCUCAGCAUUCUACCUGAAGAACAUCAAUACUCCUAUGAUAUUCAUCAACGCCCGCGACGACCCUAUUGUACCUGAACCGCUGCUGCCACUCAUCCGUCAAUUUGUCAGUUCACACGAAAAAGCUAUGUAUUUGGAACUAGCUCAUGGAGGUCACUUGGGUUUUUACGAAGGGGGACUCGUGUACGCCAACCCUGUUAACUGGCUGGACCGAGCCUUGGUGGGCUUGGCCGGCGGCCUCCUCAUGGCACACAACAAGUGUUCACAGAAAGACACCACCACUAUCGGAACAGAAAUUCACUCAGAUGAUGAACCAGAUCUUAUAAAAUCGUCAACAAUAGUAUACUACGAUCCACUGGACAAAGUUCAAAAAGCUUACUAAUAUUACUGGGCUGACCCUAACCUACUACCACUUUUGGAUUUAGCCUAAAAAUAACAAAUUAAGUAAGAUAUUUAUAUGAGGUUUUAUUAUUAAUAGAGGUUUGGUGUACUUUGAUAGAAUAUGCAUUACUAAUGUACUUACCAAACUUGAAUGCACAGUGGAGAGUGAUACCAUCAGAUAAUUAUUUUACAUCUUUUUUUUAUUUAACAAUAAUACUUUGCACAAAGUCCACAAAUUUAGCACAUUAUUGCAUGUUUUUGUGUUGUGACAUAAUAUGAUUACUUUAGAUGUUGUGAUAUAUACUUUGUUUAUUUAUGUACUUAUGCAUUUAUUUUAAUAUAUUUAUUCUGCAUGGCAUUGAAAGUGAAAAACUAGUUGUAUGAUAACAUUGGAUAAAAGUUUGACGCUAUAGGAAUAUUGAGUAGAUAUAAUGUAUGUUAUAAUAAUGUUCGAUCGAAGUCACAGCACUGAAAUGGAAUCUGUUGCCUUACUUUGUAACAAAAAUUCAACACAUUUGCCUUUAUCAGUCUUUCUCACUCUCCCUAGUGAAUGAGAGGGGCGGAUAGAGCCUAAGUAUAAGCAGAAAUAUUUUUACGAAGUAUGUUGCUGGGUGUUGUAAAUUGGUUGGCCACUAGAAAUCAUGUUUCCGACUCGUAGCAUAAUUGCAUUUUAGUCGAAGAUUUUUGAGGCUAAUAGCUAUGAGGAAUGUGUAUAUUAUCUUAUAUUCAGUCGGAAACCUACUUAUUCCUUACUUAAGCUGUAGGGCGUGUUUCCAUUAUAAGGCAAACUACGGGUGAAUGCACCAAAAACCGAGUCUUGAUUCAGCGAACAUGUAUGGUCGCACGGCUCGCCUUGAGCAAUGUUGGUUAUUUCAUAAGUCAUCUUUUCCUUGCCGACUAAUGGAAAAACACCCAUAAAUGUUCUAUUCAAAUUGUUAUCAAGCCCAUUCUUCUGGCUGACUAAUAGUAAAUUACGAAUUUAUAUUAUAGGCUUACUUUAGGAUCGAUUCUGAGUAGCGCCUAAUACGGAUAUUGAGAUUACAUUAUAUAAUAUGAUAGAUAACAUAAUUUGUAUUAUAAUUUACCACAUACGCACGCGACACUACACCAUACUGUUUAGCACCUACCACAGGGAAUAUGUCUCAUAAUAGUGAUGAACUUUAGAUCGGAUACAUGUCCUUUGCUGUUAUCGCUGACUAUAAUUUGUAAUAUUGUUAGAUUUAUAUAAACAAAUAGAUACUGCUGUGUACACUGCUAGCCUUGCUAGAGCUUGCGCUUAGCGUAAGUUUUACUCGAUAUCAAUGACGUAGAGGCCCUAUUUUUAUACAAAAAAAUGUACCAGCGUGCUAUCCGCUGUAAUCAGAAUAUUUCGAAUAUAAUGACGUUAUUUAAUUACCAAUAUGGAGUAAACUGUAUAAACUAACGUCUAUACCCUCUACUAUAAGCUGUAUGUCGCUUGCAUCUCAUUAUAAAGUUUAAACACAUGGCCUAAAAUUAUGAUAACUAUUUAUUUUUUUAUUACGAUAUGAGAUUACCGUCAGAAAGAAUAUACAACGACAUAAAUUAGAUAUAGCUUGUGAGUAUACUUGACACGAAUGGUAUUAAUGAAUGAAUAUAACAAAAUAGACCAAAUUUGGAGGAUCUCAACGAUUUCGCUUGUGUAGCGAUAAAAUGUAUUGCGUUGUUUUGUGUUGAAUAAAUUAUCAGUGUAUGUUUCCUACUGUCAAAGUAUCAUUCAUACUUUGACGACUAAAUGGUUUGUUGUUCACAUUCUGGAUUACCAAGCCAAUAGUCGCGGGAAGUCCCGUAGAGGAAUGUAUGUGUUAUGCACGAGCGUUUGUACCAGACCAGAGUAAUAAUGUAAUAGACCAGAGUAAUAAUUGUUUUUAUCUCAUUCUACAAACAUAAAAACUCUGCUUAGGAUGAGACUAGAUAAUUGACGCGAAGGUGGAAGAAAUUUGUUGUUGAUAUGUGUCAAUUUCGAUAACAAAGUCCCACUUCAUAAAUCAUACAUUUUGUGGGGUGCAAAGAUUUCGACUUUGGCCAACGUUCGAUUAGGAAAUAAGGUAGGAUUCGCGGCCUUUUGUUUUUGUGUGCCUUGUUUAAAAUAUAUUUGUAUGUAUUAGAAUAGAAUGUAAUAAUACAUAAUAAUAAUUUGAUAUAUUUGUUCAAAAGAGAUUUGCUAUAAGAAUUUAUGAAAGUUUUAUUUAGGGACCAUUUUAAUUUGUUUGCGACUGUUAACAAAUUCCAUAAUACAUAAAUUUAUAUUUCCAUUUGAUUGAAUAUAACAGCACCAAAACAGUUCUUCUAUUUGUCAAAAUUGUUAAUUUUAAGUACCUAUGUUAACACUAGUGUAUUUUGUUUUAAAUCCCUAUUAUCUAUUAUUAUUUGGUAGUAUUAUUGUUGAACUAUUUAUUAAUAUAUAAAUAUGCGUGAAAGUACAAACUUGUUAAAAGCACAAUUUGUGUUGUGUCUAUUUGUUUUAAAUCGGCGGAGUGGACAGUUUGUAAUAUUGAACGUGCUUAAAUCUGCUUA